AUGUGCUCCAGACAAAGUGGGUGCCACGGCUGCGGCUGCUGCUGCUGCUGCCAGGGGAGCUACCAGUCCCAGGGCUCCUCUGGCGGGGGAGGAGGCGGAUCCUGCUGCGGUGGAGGAUCCUCCAGCGGAUCAGCCCAGAAGAUCAUUAUCAGCUCUGGCGGCGGAGGAGGAGGCGGUGGUGGAUCCUCCGGAUGCUGCGGAGGGGGAUCCAGUGGUGGCUCCUCAAAGAGCAUGAUGGGAGGAGGAGGCGGUGGUGGAUCCUCCGGAUGCUGCAGUGGCGGAUCCAGUGGUGGAUCUUCAAAGAGUAUGAUGGGAGGUGGAGGUAGUGGAGGAUCCUCUGGAUGCUGCGGUGGAGGUGGCAUGGGAGGAGGGUCCGGUGGUGGAUCUUCAGGAACCAAGAUCAUCAUUGGAGGUGGAGGCGGUGGUGGAUCCUCUGGAUGCUGCGGUGGUGGAUCUGGUGGUGGCUCCUCAAAGAGCAUGAUGGGAGGUGGAGGUGGUGGUGGAUCCUCCGGAUGCUGCGGUGGUGGAUCUGGUGGUGGCUCCUCAAAGAGCAUGAUGGGAGGUGGAGGUGGUGGUGGAUCCUCCAGAUGCUGCGGUGGUGGAUCCAGCGGUGGAUCUUCAAAGAGCAUGAUGGGAGGUGGAGGCAGUGGUGGGUCCUCUGGAUGCUGCGGUGGCAGAUCUGGUGGUAGCUCUUCUGGGAUGAAGAUCAUAAUGGGAGGUGGAGGCAGUGGUGGAUCCUCUGGAUGUUGCGGUGGUGGAUCUAGUGGUGGCUCUUCAAAGAGCAUGAUGGGAGGUGGAGGCGGUGGUGGGUCCUCUGGAUGCUGUGGUGGUGGAUCUGGUGGUGACUCUUCUGGGAUGAAGAUCAUAAUGGGAGGUGGAGGCGGUGGUGGAUCCUCUGGAUGUUGCGGUGGUGGAUCUAGUGGUGGCUCCUCAAAGAGCAUGAUGGGAGGUGGAGGCGGUGGUGGAUCCUCUGGGUGCUGUGGUGGAGGAUCCGGCGGUGGCAGUGGGGGAUCAGCCCAGAAGAUUAUCAUCAGCUCUGGUGGUGGAGGAGGAGGCUCCUCCGGAUGCUGCGGAUGGGGAUCCGGUGGUGGCUCUUCAGGAGGGAAGAUCAUCAUGGGAGGUGGAGGCGGUGGCGGAUCCUCCGGAUGCUAUGGUGGAGGAUCCGGCGGUGGCUCCUCAGGCCAGACCAUCAUCAUCAGCUCUGGAGGUGGCGGCGGAGGCUCCUCCCAGCAGAAAUGUCCCAUUGUCAUCCCCCAGACCAAGCAGAGCUCCCACUGGCCCUGCCAGCAGAAGUAACAGCCCUGGGCACUCCAGUUCCCAUUGGGAAUGGCCAUCUUUGCCUUCCAAGUCCGACCCCAGCACAUCCCCGUCCCUUGUGUUCCCUUGGUGCUGCAUCCCUGUGCUGUGAACUCCCAGGUGGCUCCGCUGUGCCAUAAAUGUGACAGGAAAUAAAGAUUUCUGUGC